AUGAGGGGAAGGCCAAAUCCUUGUCCUGGCCCCUGCCUUUUAUCAAUUUACACAGUUUGUUUAUCUUGUGCUUCCUGUAUAAAAUCUCCAUGUAACUAUCUCACAGGAAAAAAAGAUCCUCAUUGUGGAACACUAUUUGUCAUAUUAACACCUGGGGCCAAUUCUGAGGGGAAAAUUGAGGUGAAAUUGCUUCUUAUCCUUUCUCUACCAAAGACUUCUUUCUCACCCUUUCUCCCACUCCUCCCUGUGAAAGAAAAUCAGCCUGAAGAUCCCCCCAGUGACAGCCUUGAAGAAAUGAAGAUAUCACAAUUUUUCCCUACUUCUGAAUCUGAUAUCAUCCAAGGGCUUGGAGUGAAGAAAAGAUCGUUGGCAGCAUCCCCUGAAAACAAAGUUGUAAGUCAAAAGCCCCAAGCUAUUGACUGGCUGUUUUAUGUUAAAAAUAAUAGUAAUUUUCAUUCACAAUCCCAGCUCCCAUCUCCUUCCUCUUCCUCCUCCUCUUCCUCCUCCUCCUCUUCUAUUUCCUCUGCCAUCUCUUCUCCAACUUCUUUUGCUUCCUCUUCUCCCUUACCCUCUGAACCCCUUCCUUCUAAAGACUCUGCCCCAUCUGCCCUCUCAGGCUGUGUAGUCGCAGAGGUACUUAGCUACCACAGAUUGCCUCCAGGGGUCUCCUGGCUUGAGUUCAUAUGUAGUGAAGAUUACCAGCCACUUCCCAGAAAACCAAAUAAAAAGCAGUCACCACAUCCCAAAACAAAGCCCGUGGGGAAGGCCACCACAAUAAAAGGGAGAAAGGGAAAAAGCAUACUGCUUAAAUUUUUCCAAACACAGUUUCGAAAAUGA